AACCCUAAACCCUAGUCUUCUUUGCUGGACGUUGAUCAGACCUCAGUUGCGCCUUUGUUCCCAUAGUCGAUAUGGCUUCCGCAGCAAUUUUGAAUGACAAUGACAUUUCCGAUUAUUCUGAAAGUGAAGACGAGGAAAUGGUAGGACCCGACAAGACCGAAGGAGGAGAACUGGAAGACGAUUCUGGUUCUGCUUCUGAAGAUUCUUUUGACGGCGAUAAUCCUCUCGCUAAUGAUAUCUUCCAAGAAAGUGACGAAGAAGCAGGUGCUGAAGAGGAAAGGGAUGACUCAGCUUCGGGUACGUAUUCGGAUUCAGAUUCUGAUGAUGAUAUUGAGAAAAAGUCAAGAGCUAUUGAUGAAGAAAGGGCGCGAGAAGAAGAAGAUGCAGAAGCUGAAAUGAAGCUCAAUAUUCAGGGAGAAUCUGAUGAGUUUAAAUUGCCGACCAAGGAGGAGCUCGAGGAAGAGUCUCUACGUCCACCUGAUCUUCCAAAUCUUCAGAGAAGAAUCAAAGAGAUUGUUCGAGUUCUUUCCAAUUUUAAGGCCUUGAGGGAAGAAGGGUCAACAAGGAAGGAUUACAUUGACCAGCUUAAGAAAGAUUUAUGUUCAUAUUAUGGGUAUAACGAGUUUCUUAUUGGGGCUUUGGUUGAGUUGUUUCCAGUCGUUGAACUGAUGGAAUUGAUUGAAGCCUUUGAAAAGCCACGGCCUAUAUGUUUAAGGACUAACACUUUGAAGACACGCAGACGGGAUUUGGCAGAUGUUUUAAUAAACAGAGGAGUAAAUCUAGAUCCUUUAAGUAAAUGGUCAAAAGUUGGGCUUGUUGUGUAUGAUUCUCAAGUACCAAUUGGUGCCACUCCCGAGUAUAUGGCUGGUUUCUAUAUGCUUCAAAGUGCUAGCUCUUUUCUGCCGGUGAUGGCCUUGGCUCCCCAAGAGAAGGAACGGGUUGUUGAUAUGGCAGCUGCACCUGGUGGUAAAACAACUUAUAUUGCUGCUCUUAUGAAGAAUACUGGAAUUGUUUUUGCAAAUGAAAUGAAGGUGCCCCGGCUUAAAUCACUUACGGCAAAUUUGCAUCGUAUGGGAGUGUCAAACACUGUAGUCUGUAACUACGAUGGAAAGGAGCUCCCCAGGGUCUUGGGUCUCAAUUCUGUUGAUAGGGUGUUAUUGGAUGCCCCUUGCAGUGGUACUGGGGUUAUAUCUAAGGAUGAGUCUGUAAAAACCUCUAAAAAUCUAGAAGAUAUACAGAAAUGUACCCAUCUACAAAAGCAAUUGAUUCUUGCUGCUAUUGACAUGGUGGAUGCUAAUUCAAAAUCUGGGGGUUAUAUUGUUUAUUCGACAUGCUCCAUCAUGGUGGCAGAGAAUGAAGCAGUCAUUGACUAUGCUUUAAAAAAGAGGGAUGUUAAACUCGUGCCAUGUGGUCUUGACUUUGGGCGUCCUGGUUAUAUAAGGUUUAGGGAACAACGUUUUCACCCUUCAUUGGAAAAGACAAGGCGUUUCUAUCCUCAUGUUCACAAUAUGGAUGGUUUUUUUGUUGCGAAGUUGAAAAAAAUGAGCAACUCAAAGCCAAGUGCAAAACCAUUAGAACCGACAGAAGAGGAGGAAGGUGCCCAGCUUGUGAAUGAAAAGGAGGUUACAAGUAAUGGCGAGAAGCAAGAUGCAGAUGGCAAGAAGCAAGAUGCGGAUGGCAAAAAGCAAUAUGCAAAUGCCAAAAAGCAAAUUGCAAGUGGCAAAAAACAAACUGCAAAUGUUAAAAAGCAAAAUGCAAAUGGUAAAAUACAAACUGCAAACGGCAAACUGGCAUCUGAAUCCAAAAAGAGGAAGAAAAGGCAAUUUCCAUCUAGAGAGGAAAUUUCGAAAGCCAGGGAAGAGAAGAGGAAAGCUUUAAGACAAAAGAAAGGAAAGAAGGCAGGAAGCAAAAAGGCUAAACAUGGGGAUUGAGCAGAUGUAACAGGCCAAGCGGAAGUUGUUAUACAUGGUUUCUGGAACAGAUAAAUCACUGUAGUUUUGUGCAGACCAAGACCCCAGAAACAGAAAGAUAGGAGUACGAGGUGCUUUCACGUCAUUAAAUUAUAGACUGGGGCGUUCCCUAACGUCACCGUUAGGGCUCAGUUUUGUAGCGUUUUCUUUUCCCUCUAUUAUUAUUGUUUGUGUUUAUUACUUUCUUCUGUUCAAAAUAUAAGCUUGAUUUAAUCCA